GGAUCUUGUCUCAGAGAGUAGUUUUGGCUGGAUGAUAUUUGAACGUUGUACAAAGUAGUGAGAAUAGUCUUUGAGCGGGAGCUUCUAGUCGUGUAUGAAGUCCUCUCACUGCUGUAGCUUAUUUUUUUAUACGGAGAUUCAAUCAUUAUUCUUAAUAGACAUUUAGAUUCUUGACAUGCCAUCUAGUAUUUUUACUGAAAUGGAACAACAUACCGGUAGCAAUGUUCUCGAAGAUCAACGAGCUCUUCAGUUAGCUAUGGAACUUUCUCUUUUCACGUUAGGCAAUGAGAGCGAAUCGGGCUACAGUUCAGGAGGUUAUGAAUCUGAAUCGAGAAGUAAAAAAAGCCAAAAUACCACGGAAUGUGUACCAGUACCCAGUUCAGAGCAUGUUGCUGAAAUAGUUGGAAGACAGGGUUGCAAAAUCAAAGCUCUUAGAGCUAAAACUAAUACUUAUAUCAAAACACCUGUCCGUGGUGAAGAGCCAGUUUUUGUUGUCACUGGCCGUAAAGAAGAUGUUAGUGCAGCUAAGAGGGAAAUUUUAUCUGCUGCUGAACAUUUUAGCCAGAUAAGAGCUCAACGCAAAAAUAACAUGAAUGGCUCUUUAGCGCCUGGUCCAAAUUCCAGCAUUCCUGGUCAGACCACCAUUCAAGUAAGGGUACCAUAUAGAGUUGUAGGUCUGGUUGUUGGACCCAAAGGGGCCACCAUUAAGAGGAUUCAACAACAAACCAAUACUUACAUUGUAACCCCGAGCAGAGAAAAAGAACCAGUUUUUGAAGUAACAGGGCUUCCUGAAAAUGUAGAAACAGCUCGUAAGGAAAUUGAGGCACAUAUUGCCAUGAGAACUGGCGGUUUGCCUGAUUCCUCAGCUUCAAGUGGGAGUUCUGGUAAUAAUUCCACCACUGAAGAUGAUGACUUUCAUGUUAAUGGCAUUGAUAGAGUUUUUACUGCAGCUACUGUGGCAACUACAAAUUAUGUUAAUAGCAUAUACAAAUCUGAAUUUGGUCAUGCAAGUCCAUCAAUAUCUCGUGAAAGCAAUAAUAUUUUAACAUCUCGCUCUCAAGAUAUAUUUACUUUUCCCACUCAUACCAUUCCUACAGAUGGUGGCUCUCCAAAAAUUACAGACAUUUAUUCCUGUCCUCCAGGUUUUACUGGGUUCUCAAAUGGGUUUGGGUUGUAUGAUGUUGAUGAAGGACUGGGUGAUUCACCCACUUUCGAACAAGCGGUUUUUCCAAGCACCAGUAGUGUCUGGUCUGAUUUCGGUCCAGUACGAAGCACGGUCUCCCCACUCUUUGGUACGACUACAACAUCUACCACUCCAUCUGGUACUGCACCUCGCCGCAGCAACAGUUUGGGGAGUGCUGAUUCUGGAAUUUCAGAUCCUCUUCUUUUAGAUCAUCCACCAGCAAGACGGAUCCACAGUGACCCUCUGGUGGACACUCUGGCGAAUUUUCCUCCCAUCACUGCUGUAAGCACGGUUUCAACUAUUGCCGAUUGCUUUACUGUUACUUCUUGCAGUGGAACCUCUACUAAUUCUGCUUCUACUCCAACAGAAUCUAUUUCACCUCUAAGGAAGAGACCAAAGCGAGACUGUGCUGUUUGUUUUGAAAGCGAAGUUGUUGCUGCACUGGUACCAUGUGGUCACAAUAUGUUUUGCAUGGAAUGUGCCAAUCGCAUCUGUGAGAAGACGGAGCCAGAAUGUCCCAUAUGUCGACAGCAAGCUCUUCAGGCUAUUCGUAUCUAUUCCUAAGUUUAGAACAGUGGUCAUUCUUUCUUGGAAGGUAACCUCUAACAGAUUAAGACCUAUUACAGUCCAAAUAAAAUCUGUAUAACGUACAAAUUAGUUAUAAAGAAAUAUGGGUUUGGAGAACUUGUGCAUGUCAAAAAAAAAAAAAAAAACUGAUAAUAUGUGACAUUCUUGUUUUCUGUAUUUUUCUUUCUCGCCUGUGCCCACCGAUUUCUCUUCCGCUCUUUAUUUCUGUGAAUGAGCAGCUGGUAAUCAGACUACUUAAAUUCUAAAAUGUAGAAUAAAUAUCUGCUCACUUUAUUCGACAAUGUGAAAUAGUAUUAAAGUAUAAAUAUUUUAUUCUUUCAUGUGAAGUUUGUAUUUAGAAGUUUGGAUAAUAGGCAACUGGUUAUUCUUGUCCAGUUAUUGAAACCUUGUGUAGAAUUUAUUAUAGUUUGAUUAAACAUAACCGCACACUUUGUUCUGUAUCUAUAUAAAUAUGUGUUUAGUCUUGAAAAUGUUUUCUAGAAGCUUCUAUAUAUAUAAAUAUAUAUUAGACAUUUAUAGUGUUUUCUGAUAAUACACUCAAUUUUGUGAUCUGUAUAGGAUGCUUUUUUUUUUUUAAUUCUUUAUAAAGGUAUUCCUAUUUUUCAAGUUUUAUUUUUUUAAAUAUAUGUAGCUUAUAUUUUAUUCUUUUAGUUAUAAAAGUUUUCAGUUUACUUAAGUAAUGAAUUAUUAGAUCAGAGAUGUUAUUCAACUUAUAUUUCAUGAUAGUUUACUUGUACUGUUAUAAUCAUAGUGUCCAUUUAUUUUUGUUAUUGUCUUCCAUUUGUUUGCACAAAGAGCUUGUCUUUCUUUUAUUUAUAUUUUGUUGUUGCAUGAUAUUAUUUUUAUUUUGCUCUUUAGUAUUAUUGGAUAUUCAAUAUACUGGAAAAUUCUAAACUGCAACUUGAAUAAAAUUGUUAUUUCAUAUUACAGGAAAUAUCUUCUGAAUUGUAAUUUUACGGUGCUUUCAAGAUGCUUACGGUUAUGACCAAAUCUUUCACUAACGCAUGCUCUCAUUCUGGGCCUUGCAAGAAAGUAUUUUUGUUAAAUGUGUGCUGUGUGUUUAGGUAGAAAAAAAUUGCUUCAAAAUAUGCAUAACUUGAGAUCUCACUGUCAUAUUUGACAAUUUUAAAUAACAAAUUUUAAUUCAAUAUCUUAAAGCUAGAUUAUUUAAUCAAUUUUCUUUUACCAUUGCAUUAUAAUUGGAAUUUGUUAUUAAAACAUUUCAGCAAGUAAAAAAAAAAUUCUACAAAAGAAAGGGGUUGUGAGUAUUUUAAGUAGCUUAUCUAUAUUUAUAAAAGUACAUUUCUUAAAUUUAUAAUAUCUAUCACUUAUGCAUGGUAAAGAAUCUAUUUAAACCCUACAAUCAUUUUUUAGUCAUCAAAUACUUGUAAAUGUCUCCAUACAUACCCAUUUUACUGAACUUCAGCAAUAUAUUUGUAUAACUGCUGUUUUAAAUUUGGCUGGUAGGUCUUUUUAGAGUUCUGAUGUUCUUCCAUGUGAUUGCUUUGGUCAUAUUCUGAGCUACUUACAGGGAAGCAGUGCUUUGCUUACUUGUUUUGUAAUAAUUGUGGGUUUGCCUGUUAGCUGUUGACUGAUAUUUUUCAUCGUGAUUUGUAUAUCUGAUCAUAAGCAAUCAUAUAUGGUCUACAUACUUCAUCAUUCAUCUACACUGUGUGUCCCCUUAAUGUGUUUGCAAUAAGUAGCUUGCCAUUUAAAAAUGUGGUGAACUAUAAUUAGUGUAUAUAUAUAUAUGUACAUACAUAUAUAUAUUCUAUAUAUAUACACACACACACACAGGUCUCCCAUCCAUGGUACUGUCUCUGGAUGCUAGGUUGGUUAUAGAUUGCAGUGGUUGCUGAUUGCUGAGAAGUUAAUAUAGUUGUUAUUGCUUGACACUUGUUAGAGAUUAUAUCAAUGCUCAUGAUUAUAUCGAACUGUGACCACAUUUGGCCAAUGAAAUAGUGAUACAGAAAAUGUGAAAAAUACUUAACAUUUUACAUUUAAUUAAUUAAGAUUGAUUUGCAUUUCCUUGUAUAUUUCCAUUUGUAAAGAUAUAAGACAUGUUCUGACAAGUUGUUUUAAUUUUAUGAAUAAAUUAUAAAAUUUUUCUGCAAAAAGUUCUUAUAUUACAAGUUUUUAUUUAGAAAUUAAUGAUUUUUUGUCUGCUCAAUAUUGCUACAUCUGUCAGAUUGUUAACCUUCUGUUAGGCACUGCUCAUCUCAGUUUGUUUGGGUAUAUUUUAAAUUUUACCUUGAAAUUAGUAGGCAGUUUUUUUAUACCUUUUUAGCUAUCUUUAUAAACUUCCAAACAGUAAUGAUUAUUAAUGUUUUGGCAUCAAGUCAUUCAUCCCCAAGGCCAAAAUCUCUUUUCUAAUCUCUCAGAUUGAUACACUUUGAUGUAAGAUAUUUUUAUAUAAUUUUUUACUUCCAUAAUUUAAUUUUAUAUUGUUGAAAUUGAUUGAUUGAUAGUAAAUAAAUUUGAUGUGUAUGAAUUUUUUUUUUUUUUUAAGUUGUGAAUUCUUAAGUAUAAUUUUUUAAGUAUAUGUAACCUGAGAGAUCGCUGCAACUAAUAUGAGGCAUAAAGUAGCUGUGCCUGACAUAGGGUAAAAAUUUCCUGUCAUAUAAGUUGCAAAGAAUAUUGUUCUUAGGUGCAGUGCAUAUCUUACCCUGGAGGAGGGAUACAAGGUACCACUUGCAUUUUGAGCUAUUUUCUUAACUUGUGGGAACAAUUCUGUCCCUUGAUGCUGUUAUUAUUAACAAAUCUAAUGUAUACCUCUGGUCAUGCAGUCAAAGUAAAAAUUUUGUGUGGUUUUCAAUGGAAACUUUAGCUAAAGUUAUUAACACUUACCUACUUUUAUUUCAAAGUAAUUUUUAUUGUAGUUUUACUCUUAAUAUUCAUGACAUUUUUAUUCUUGUAAUAUAACUUAACAACGAGUGGACAUCAAUAUCUCAGCAGAGGCUAUUUUUUAAAUAUUUCUCUUCUAAACAUAUUUACUCACUUUUCAUAUCUUCAUAACGAUUUAGGCUGGUUUUGAUCACUUCAUUUUUGCUUAAUGCUAAUUAUGAAGGAGAGUUUUUAUACUCUACUCACUUUUAAAUAGGGAUAAAAAAAUAUUUAUACCUUUGAUUUGUUUUCAUUAAAAUAUUUACUGUUACAGUUGCUAUAAAAUAUGUAUCCCAUUUUAUUUUAAUUUUAGCUCUAAAGAUUUCUUAAAAUAGAAUGAAAGAUAAGAGGGUGUUUUUUAAAUGUGUAAAGAAUGGCAUUCAAUCUCAAGUCGUAGACAGUUUGAUAUUUUAUGUUCAUUGAAAAUAAAAUUCAUGCACUGACCAUGGUAAGCUAGUACAAUAUCUAAUACAUUGUUUGUGCUGGAAGGUGGUGUUCUUUCUGUAUUAUUACUUGUGUCUUGCUUGUCAUAUAUAACUAAUGUAUUGAUUCAUAAAAUUAUGCAUACAGGAUGGUAAAGAAUUCUUUAAAUAAUGAAAUAAUUUUUUUAAGAUUUAAAGUGUAUAGCAUUCUAUAAGUAAAAUUAUGAAGUUUAUUUAAUUGAAUAUAUUUAUUAUAAAAAAAAUAUUUGCACUUUUAAAAUUAUUUUUACAACAGCAUUUCCAUUAUUUGUAUAAUGUAAACUCUGAGGAAACAAAAAUUUAAAGAGUGUAUGUAUUUUGUUUAAUAAAUAAAUAUAUAUUUCAUAUUUUUUUCCUAUUUAAUAUUAAUUUUCAUGCAUUGUAAAAUAAAGCAUUCUAAAAUAAUUUAAAUUUUUUUUUUAAAGUGUUAUGCAUAUAUUUAAAGAUCUAGAUCCAAAUCAAGGUUUGUUUAGUAAAGUUAUUUAUUGUCUAUAAUUCUCUUAACCUUAAUUUUGAAUAAAAUAAUUUUUAUAUUUUUUAUCAGAAAAAAAUUGUCUAGUUCUUUGUCAUUUAUUAUUUUAAAGACUUCUUAAACUUUAUCUGCAGCUUUACAUUUAUUGUAAAAUUCCAUUUCUCAAUAGAUGGAUGGAUGUGGAUCCAGCACUCUGAAGUGCUAUGUGUAAAAGUAAGUACUCCAUUAUAAUAAAAGUGAAAAAGAACAUUUGUUAAAUAUUUUAAUUUGUAAAAUUUUAAAGAUAUUCUCAAAUAAAGAAAGUUUUCGGAUUUAUUCUUGCUGAUUUUUAUAUAGGCAACUCAAUGUUAAAGCAAUAAAUCAGGCUAGGCCAUUAAUUAAAAUAUUAAUGUUUUUCCCACCAAAUUUUUUUAUUAUUUAGCUUUUUUUUUCUCCCCAUGAUAGGCUAUAACCUUAUUCUAAAUAACUUCUGAAUGCUAAACAUUUUAAAUCUCAUAAAUGUAGUGAUAGUUUUUUAGAAGAAUUGUUGAAUAUUUAAAGCUCCUUGUAUAUAUGUCUUAACAAUUUUUUGUUGCAUUUUUCUCAAAUGUAGAAAUUGUGAAAUUAUAUAAUGGAAAUGCUUUUAUAUAUGUAUUCCAGUGGUGUAUUCAUGAUUAAAACUUGUUAACGUAUAGUUGUGAAAAAUAUUUAUUAAUGUUUCAUAUGAAAGUUUCAAUUUUAUCACUUUGUGUACCAUAACAUAUGAUCAGCAUGUUUUUGUGGUGUUUUACUGUUUUUCAUUUGAACAUGUUGACAUUUGUUGAAUGAUUUCACAUUUAAAGUGCAAAGGAAAGAGUUAAGAAGAUUUCUUUGUUUUCGUGAUUGAACAUUAUGACCAAGUUUGAUUAUUUAUAAAUUUUAAUAAAUGUUAAAAGGAUAAAUAUUAGCCUCAAAGCAAACACUUUUUUAUGAAAUAUUAAAGUCAAAUUUUAGAACUGAAUGAGAAAUACUUACUGUUCUAAAUGAGGUUUAUUUUCUCAUCAAUAAAAGAUCUUAAAAACAUUUUUAUUAAGAGAUAUAAUUCAUAUCUUAUUGUAAUCUACUUCCUGCACAUUCCUAUUCUAUGUUCAAGAUGUAAAACACUCAUAUAUAUAUAAAUACAUUCCUUUGUUAAUUUUUUAAAAUAUUCUUUAAAAAAUAUAUUUAUUGUAAGAAAUACAUAACCUAAUUAUGAUUUUAUUUGUGUAUAUUUAUUGCAAAUUAAUAAAACUUUUGUUUACUGUAAAGAAAAUUAUUGAUUAUGAGCUUGGAUGCCAAAAAAAAAAAUCAUUUAUAGAAAGAUAUAUCACUUAAAGUUAUAUGUAUGUAGCAUACCCAAUAUAUAUAUGUAAUUAUAUACAUCAAAAUAGAGUUUUGUAUUCACUCAGUCUUUCAGAAAAAUUGAAGGAUAAGUUCUGUUGUAUUACAGUGUUUGCUUUUUAAAUAACUAACUCCUUUUUGGUUUUGUGUUUAUCAAGGAAUGGUAUCAUUUAGAUUUUUGUUGUUUGCUGAUUUUAAUAUUUUAUUUUGUUGAGUGAUGGCGAUGUUAGAGUAAAUUGAUCAGAUUUCAUUAUUAUAUGUUUAUUUUUUAUAUAUUAAUAAUAUAUCAAUCAGUAGAGCUAUUGAGUUAUUUAUGAGUUAUUUUUAUUAUUAUUAUUAUUACUUAUUUUUCAAUUCUGUGCAUGUUGGGCUGAACUUUUUGGAUUUCAAAAGUAUGGGAUUAUAAUGGCAUUUCUAUUUCUUCCUCUUUUUUUUUAUUAUUAUUGAUGUUGUUUUGUCAGUGCUAGAAUACAUGUAAAUUUUAUAAUAGUCUUUUAGGGUUCUUAGUGUUGGCUGCAUUUUUCAUACAUUGCUCAAAUGUACUGAUAUAAAAGAAGACUCAAAAUAUAUUUUUACUUAUUAGAUUUAACAAAGCUUUCUUAUUUGAACUUCACUGGAAAUUAUAUUUUUUGUUUUAUUAUUAUUUGAUCAAUAUAUACCAAAUUUUAUCUGUGUUGCUGUUUUAUAAUAUAAUAAAAAAAAUUUUGCAGCCCUAGUUUUGUUUUACAUUUUUAGAAAUAUGGGGGCUUUCUUAUUCUUUCUUUGUGUUUUGUUUGCCAUAAAUCGUUAAAUUACUCUAUUAUCAAUAGAAAGAGGAAAAUCCUUGCUCUCAGAAUAUAUCUCUUCUAAUUCUUUUUCAGAAUGAAAAAUAUCCAAAAAAAAAAAAAAAUUAUUAUAUGCAACAAUAAUUUUAAGUCCAUGCUUGAAUUUUAGUGUCAUAAAAUGUUAUUAGAUGAGAGAAAAUUUCUUUUAAUUGCUGUGCAAAAAAAAAAAAAAAUCCCAGUAAUGUUUUAGAUAUUUUUCUUGCUUUUUUUCUCUCCUCUUUUAAUUGACAGCAAUAUGCUGAAAAAUUUGUAAUUAUAUUCCAAAGUUCAAUUUUUAAAAUAUUAUGUACUAUUUCUUUAACAGGAUUGAUAUUCAUGUGAACAAUUUUUUUUUUUUUUUGGUGAUUUGAGUCUGUUGUCAUGCCAUCAUAUGAAAGUGGAAUGAUUUAAAUGUUAUGAAAGUUAUCAAAUGCACAGUAAAUUGUACAUACAAGCUCAAAUUUAUUGCAUAAGAUAGAAAUUGUAUGAUGAUUUUUUUCCCUUUUGUCAGAAGUUGCCCCAAAGUGAGUGCAGAGUUCCAUGCUAAACUAUUUCCCCAUAUAUUUUAUUAUUCAAAUUUUAACUAUCCCUGAACAAAUGUAUUUUGAAGUUCAAAUAAAUUGUACAUCUUGGUGUGAAAUUUGUGUUAUUAAAAUAAAUUGUUACUUUUUCA